UACACUUUUGUACGUAUAUUCAGAUAACUUAAGAGAUAGAGAGAGAAGGUUCAUUUCCAUGGAGAAUCUCUCGCAUUCUUAUUCCAAGAGGAGUUACCAUGGAAAUGGCUUCACAACCAAAACGAGCAAGUCUCUUUACGACGACGUUUUCGGAGGUCCGCCGAAGUUGGGUGUGCCAACGCUCUCUCCGCGCCUCGAGGACUACACCGAGAUUUUCGGCGGCUUCCACUCCUCCCGAACUUCCUCCAUUCCGAUUCUGGAUCUCCCGGCGGUCGACGAGGAGCUCCCUCUCGAUGUCCGGACCUCGCAGUUCGACUACUCUGAGAUUUUCGGGGGGUUCAACGUUGUAGAUUUUGCGCUUUCCUACGAGGAUUUGGUGAGACAGUCCAGUGCUGGCUACAAUUCUUCUGAUGAGGCCUGGAGUCCAGCUCAAAGUGAAUCUCUCUCAGAUGAUUCUGAUCCUUCUGCUUUUUCUGAAAGGAGUCAGAGCAUGCCCUAUGAUGAUAUGCAGUACUCAAUUAAUGAUGUUAAGCAGUUCAAUGUCUCAUAUCACGGGUCUAAUGAGAGAACUGAUGUGGAUGGUUCAGACGUGAUGACAGAUCGGUUGCAGGCUGCUUCGGGAUACCAGAGUUCAAGAAAUACAGAAGAUGGGAAGUUUCCUAUAGAGGCAACUAUUGAUGUCAGCCAGGGUAUGAGUUUUGGUGGAAGCAUUUCAGAAGAAAACCAAUAUAAGAAAAGUGCUUCCCAUUUCACAAACAGCAGUUUUGGAGUUUACGGAGAUGAUCCAGAACCUACAAAGCUGCCCUUCUUCAGUGUGACUGACAUCAGCUUACGAACUAGGCCUUCUCAAUUGCCACCACCAUCAAGACCGCCGCCUGCGUUUGCAGAGACAAGCCAAUCUAAUAGACCAAAUUCAAGACUCCAUACUUCCAAGAAUUAUGCUUGUGAACGAAUACCAGGUGAAGCUCCAUUGCCCUUUUUUGCUGCGGAAGUCGAUGCAAGUUCAUCUACUGAAAUGAUAAAAGAUGCAAUGGCAAAAGCGCAAGCAAAGGUUCGAAGUGCAAAAGAAUCUAUGGAAAAGAAGAAGCAAGAUCUAAAAAGUUGUAAACAGCGUCUGCAGAGCAAUACUAUGGAGGGAAUUACAAGCAAGACUUUUGAUGAACCUGCCCAUCACGAGGAUAAUAGAGUGCCAGGAAAGUGUGAAAAAGAAGCUGGUCAACAUGAACCAUUUUCUGAAGAAAGCAAAAUAGUUAAGAAGACAAAUAAGGUUGAUUUAGAUCUGUCUGAAGGAGGGAAUUCCAUCAAUUUUGCUGGAAAAUCUUCAGAAAUCAAGCAGGAGGAAGGUUAUUCUCAAGGAGCUCAUAAAACUGACAGAACUGUUGCAUGGAGGGAAGCAAUGGAAUUCUUUGAAGUGACUGAAACAUUCCUACCUCAGGACGCAUCUCAGAAACUUAAAUAUGAGAUGAAACACAUGGACUCACAUGAGCACCAACAGCCAAUUAGAGCAGCUGCUGAUGCAUUUGGACAGCAUGAAAACUGCAAAACAUUUAGACCUGCCAAAGGGGCUCCUGACUGGGAAGAAAACAAGGAACAACUAAAAAUGAACAAAGAGGCUUUUGAGUUGGGUGAGGAGUGUGGAAGAUCUGGUAGAGUGGAUCAAGAUCCAUUUGAACUUGAUUUAAAUUUGGGAGAAUCACAGCAGCAGGGACAAAUUUCAGGGUUAAAUAACAACGGAUAUAAACAUGAUGUGGUCCCCAGUGAAUCUGAGCAGAAUAUGGACAAAUUUAGAGCUAAACCAAAACCAAACCAUGACUGUGAUCGAUUUGAUAAUGAAAAGAGUGUCAUGGAUGAUGCAAGGGAAGUGAAUGGAAAAGAGCCAAAAAUGGACUUGGAGAAGGAAGAAUAUGAGGGAAGACAUAAUGCUUCUGUUGAAAAAAUAUCAAAUGAAAAUAUUUUGAAGCAUGGUCUUGAGCAGGAGAAAAGAGAUGAGCAACAAGAAGGGGACUCUGGAGGAAAGGAAAAAAAUGUUGAACAGGAGGCUCUUGAAAUAAACAAAAAUGGAAACAGAAUUAAAGAAUCUCUUUGGGAAGAAGAUGUUGAGCAGGAAAUCAAAUGGGAAAGCAAAAUGAAUGACAAGAUAUUGAAGAUGGAUCUUGAACAAGAAGAAAAUAAGGGACACAAAGAAGUGGCUUCUAAUAGUGAGGAUCAUGAUAAGAUCAGGGAUGCUUUUAAGUGGGAGCAUGGUUGCAAGCAAUUUCCUACAGCUUUCCCGAAGAAUGAACCUGAAGAAAAAAACCAGGAUCAUGAAAGAGAGGAAUGUCGGGUGGGACCUUGUAAUUCUUGUGAAGGAAAUGGAGGUGGGGUGAGAAUCACAAAGUUUCAAGAGCAAGAACAAGAUGAACUGAGAACAGCCACAACUUCUGAGGUAGAAGUUGAUAACAUAUCUGAAGAAGCUGAUGAGCUUGAUGAUAUUGAUUGGAUAAUUGAAGAUCACUGUAAGCUCGAAGAAUUGAGUGAACAGGCCAAGAACAAUGAAGUGAUUGGGAUGGAUGGGACGAAUGCUGCUACAUUUGAUAGGGCCUAUGAACCAAGUUUUGAUGAGAAGGUGGAUGUGAGCCAAAUGUCUGAGAAGCUUGAGAGAAGUUUUAAAAAGCUGGAAGAAACUGAAGUAGCCUUUAUGCAUGACAAUGAAAAGAUAAAAGCUGAACAUGAAGAUGGUGAAGAAGAAGCAGAAGUUGGAGUGAAUAAUCUGCCGGUUGAAGAAAGAUUCAACUCAUCCAGUGAAAAACAAGACAACUCGCAACGUAAAGUUGUCAGAAAUCCACCAUCUUUGGAUGGGCAUCUGACAAACUCCCAAGAAAUUGGCAUUGGCAUUGGGAAAUUGCAUGUUGAAAAGGAAAAUUUGGCCUCUCAAAUGGCAUGCCAUUCUGAAAAUGUAAAAGCAACAACUUUUGAAGGGCAGAAAGGGAACAGCAAUGGGGGAUUGCAGUUUCCCAUCAACAAGGAGGUUACUAAAGAGAAGUUUUCACGUCAAGUUGUUAGGAAUUGGUCUGACAAUGGAAGGAAAAUUGGAGAAGCUCUGUCAGCUGUUCUAGAAGAUGGUGAGACCCCAUCACAGACAGAUCAAAGAAGCACUAACAAGAGCACUGGAAGAGAAGAGAUUAUGUCAAAUGAAGGCAGGAUUCCUAAAGAGCUAAAAGUCGAAAGACAGGCAAAAGAGCAAGAUCUGGAGGGUGAAUAUCUAAAAAAGAUAGAAGAAGAGAGGGAGAGAGAAAGGGAAAGAGAAAAGGACAGGAUGGCUGUGACUGGUGAUACUCUUGAAAAGUUGUAUGCUCAAGCCCGAGAGAGAUCAGAAAGAGCUGCUGUAGACAGAGCCGCUACUGAAGUAGGGCAAAAGGCUACAGUAGAUAAUCGAGGAAGAUUAGAGAAGCCAUUCGUGGAUGCUAGGGAGAAAUAUUUAGGUGAGAAGGCAUCUGCAGAGUCUAGGCUCAGGGCAGAGCGUGCUGCAGUAGAGAGAGCAACUGCAGAGGCUCGGCAGCGUGCCUUUGAGAAGGCAAUGGCUGAGAAGGCUGCCAAUGAUGCACGAGAACGAGUGGAGAGAUCAUAUUCUGAUAGAUUUUCUGGGAGUACAGAAAUGAGAACCCGCUCUUUCUCUUCUAAUAUUCCGGACCAACAGAAUCCACAACCCUCGAAGUUGAGAUAUUCAUAUUCUUCAGCUAAUGCUGGCAUUGAAGGUGAAUCACCUCAGAGAUGUAAAGCUCGCAUAGAGAGAUAUCAAAGAACAGCUGAGCGUGCUGCCAAGGCUCUUGCAGAGAAAAACAUGCGUGAUCUUCUUGCUCAAAGAGAGCAAGCAGAGAGGAAUAGAUUGGCAGAAGCUCUAGAUGGUGAAGUUAAGAGAUGGUCAAGUGGGAAAGAAGGGAAUUUGCGGGCAUUGCUUUCAACAUUGCAAUAUAUUCUUGGGCCUGAUAGCGGUUGGCAGCCAGUUCCAUUAACAGAAGUCAUAACUUCUGCAGCUGUAAAGAAAGCUUACAGGAAAGCCACUCUAUGCGUCCACCCUGACAAAUUACAGCAACGGGGCGCAACCAUUCAGCAAAAGUAUAUAUGCGAAAAGGUCUUUGAUCUUCUAAAGGAAGCUUGGAACAAGUUCAACUCAGAGGAGCGGUAGGCGGUAGCCAAGACAUCAAUCCGGCUAUAGUGCUGCUGCAGCUGUAAUUUAUACCAUUACCAAGUCAGGGUUUUUUUUACCCCUGGCUAUCUUUUACUCUUUAGCUUUGUGAAUGUAAGCUCCAGGCUUCCAGCUCCAAGAAAUUUGGAUUUUAAACAUAUUUCACACGAAGACAAGAAACACAAAGGUUUUUUCUUAGUAAUGCAAAGGUUUUGAAUUUAAAUUAUUCUCCCC